GAUUUCCACUCACUGCUCUCCUGGCGCUGUCCCAGCACUUCUCACUCAACUCAGCGAAAGCACCUACAGGAAGAAUAAAGUUCUCCAAACAGACGCAAAUUCAACGGACUCUAGCGGAAAGGGCCUUUAAGCCAAGCUGAACUAAACGGCUUGACUAUGUGGAGAAAGGAGACCGUCUUGGUGGAAUCUCUAGUCAGCCUCUGUGUAGUCGCGACGCUUUGCGAUGCCAACCAGUUCCUCACACAAAGCAAAGCCACACAGUUUCUGGCACGACAUCGCCGCGCUAACGCUCUCUUUGAAGAGAGCAAAAAGGGCAACUUGGAGAGAGAGUGCAUAGAGGAACUUUGCAACAAAGAAGAGGCACGAGAGAUUUUUGAGAACUACCCCGAGACUGAAUACUUUUACCCCAAAUAUGUUGCGUGUCUCGGGUCGCACCGUGUGGGUAUCAGUAACCCAGACUCGGAGCCCAGCGUGUCUCAGGACCUCCGCACCUGCGUGAAAGAAAUCAGUGACCAGUGUGUCCCCAUGCCGUGCUACAAGGAGGGGUACGAGCGCUGCGUGGACGGGCAGGCUUCCUUCACCUGUGUGUGUAAACCAGGGUGGAAGGGAUUACGCUGUGAGGAGGACAUUGACGAAUGCAAUGACCCUGAACACCUCGCUGGCUGUAAUCAGGAUUGUUUCAAUUUGCCCGGAAGUUUCCAGUGCAGAUGUAGAAAGGGCUAUUACACCACUGAUAACAUUCAUUGUAAUGAUGUUAAUGAGUGCUUGCUGUACCCCAGUAUCUGCGCAGAGCCGUCCGUGUGUAUCAACAUGCCGGGGAUGUUUGAGUGCCGGUGUCCGACGGGAUACAAGUACAAUUUCACCUCCAGGGAGUGUCAGGACGUGGACGAGUGUGAGGAGGAUGUGUGUAACGGCGAGUGUGUGAACACGGUGGGCAGCUACAGGUGUUACUGUGACGGACGGCGCGGCCUAAGGCUGGCCAACGACAGGCUGCACUGCGAGAGGAUCCCAGAGUGCGUCAGCCUGCACGCUGACAAACACCCUGAGAUGCUCUACCUGGGCGAGCAGUUUGGAGGCCUGCCCGUCAUCUACCUGCGCUUCCGUCUGCCUGAGAACACCAAAUUUGCUGCUGAGUUUGACUUCCGGACGUUUGACCCGGAGGGCGUGGUUCUGUAUGCGGAAUCAUCCCAGGACUCGUGGUUUAUGUUAGGUUUACGAGGGGGUCGAAUCGAAGUCCAGUUUAAGAACCAGCACUCUGUCAAAGUCACCAGCGGCGGAAAGGCCAUCAAUGACGGCCAGUGGCACGUGAUCUCUGUGGAUGAGCUGGAGAGCAGCAUCAGCGUGAAGAUCAGUAAAGAGGCAGUGAUGAGUAUAAACAGUCCUGAAAGUCUCUUCACCUCAGUCAAGGGCAAACUGGAGACCAAGGUUUACAUAGCUGGCCUGCCCAACCGAACUGACAACAUCAUUAAACCGAUUAAUCCACGGCUAGACGGCUGUAUUCGGGGAUGGAACCUGAUGAACCAAGGUGCCUCAGGAGUGAAGGAGGUCAUUCAGGAGAAGGAGAGCAAGCACUGCUUUGUCUACAUCGAACGAGGCUCCUUCUUCACCGGUGCUGGCUUGGCUCAGUUUGACAUAGACUACAAUGUAUUUCCAGGCGUGCCAGGCGGGUGGAGAGCGGAUUUGACGAUGAGUAUACGUCCAUCCAGUAGCACAGGGAUCCUGUUUGCCCUUGUUAGCAAUAACACCGUUCCUCUGUCCAUCGCCGUGGUAACAGAAGGACCAGAUGAUGCAGUUCUCCAGGUGUUCUUGGAUGGGAUCUCCGUGGCAACCCUGGAGUCAUUAAUGCUGUGUUAUCCAGACCAACUGCUGGUUGAGAUCAGCGUUUCAGCAGAUGAGCUCCGCAUAUCAGCAAACUCGUCCAAAGUGACUUACGUUGGGUCAGAGAGCCUAAGAGAAGCUUUAUCUAAGCUUAACACCACCAUGCAGGAUCCUGUUACCACUUACAUCGGUGGUCUGCCUAAACUUCCUCUGUCCACCACGCCGGUGUCGGCCUAUUACCACGGCUGUAUGGAGAUCUCAGUGAACAAGCAGCAGCUGGACUUUGACGAGGCUGUUAUGAAGCACAAUAGCAUUAAAUCACACUCAUGUCCCCCAGUGGCUCUGCCUGACCCUCAGUCUGAAGAUCCCCAGCCCUGACCCAGCACCACGCCGCGCCCACAGCGCCCGCCCCUCACUCGGGCAUUUCUGUAAUCUGACGUCACAGUUGAGUAUACCUGUGAAGAGAGAGAAAGAGGAGAGAGAGAGAGAGUGUGUGCGAGGGGGGAGAUUAUGUCUUGUUUUUGUUUUUGGUUUUUUUUUGGGUCAAAACAGAACAGUUGACAUCUUUCUCCUUUUUCUGUUACACCAUCAAAUGAACCCCAUUUAGAUCCUUUUUACAGACACUGCAGUGCCCCUCCCCACCUAACAAAGACUCACACACAGACACACGCACGCACACACACACACACACACACACACACACACACACACACACACACACACACAAGUGAUGAGAGCCUCUAAGUCUUAUGACUGUAGCUGAGGAGCUUUGCCUUCUUACUAUGCCUAUUUUAAGGAAUAAUACUGAAAUAUAAUGGUACUCAGAGCUGAGCUCUGGUUGAUAAAAAUAACAUACUCAGAAUGGAUAUAAAAUAUAGGACAGAUCCAUCUGGAAUUUCAGACUAAGAUGUGACGUAAUGUCACAGCUGCUUAAUUUUCAAAUUAGGGGUUAUGUUAUGUUAAUAACCUUGUUAUUUCUCUGUUUAAAUUAAUCUCCCAAUUCAUUUUAUUUACUUCUGAUUCUCACUUACACUGUUAAAAGCUCAGACACACACAAAACACAGCAAUGUUUUUCGUUCUUACAAUACAACACCCUGACAGUUUUACCAUGUAUAUAAAACAAGCUCAUUUUCAUAUAAAUAUUGAAUCUUGUGAUUUUGAAGGGUAUUGUGUGCUUUCUGUAUUGUAAUAAAAAUGACCAAAAUCCAAAAA